GAGAGAGACAUAGAGAGAGAGAGAGCGAGAGAGAGAUAGAGAGAGAGAGACAUAGAGAGAAAGAGAGACAUAGAGAGAGUUGGAGGGAGGAGGAAAUUAAGCCCAGGCACAGGGAGACAAAAGCUGCAGAGAGAGAGAAGACUGUUCCCUUCUUGCCCUCCACUCAAAGAACAACGGAGGAGGAGGAGGAAGAAGACAAAAGGAGGAGGGAGGCGUACAGUACUGAACAUACUGGAACUGAAUUCAUAGGCUCCUUUAUCUUUUCCCUCCACCAUGUUUUAGGGGGAUUCUACACUAGUAAAUUUGACUGCUGGCUUCUUCUUCAGCUCUAAAAAGAAAGAAAGAAAGAAAGAAAGAAAGAAAGAAAGAAAGAAAGAAAGAAAGAAAGAAAGAAAGAAAGAAAGAAAGAAAGAAGGAUGUCGGGGAAGAAAGAGUUUGACGUGAAACAGAUCCUCAGGCUGCGUUGGCGCUGGUUUAGUCAUUCAUCCCAGAGUUCUGCCGGUGGAGGAGGAGGAGGUGGAGGAGGAGGAGGAGUAGGAUACCUCCAGGAGAGCUUUGAUCACAGAGGGACCCCAGUCCAGGGCAGGCUGAAGAGUCACUCCCGGGACAAAGGUGGCAGCGGAGGGGGACUCUGGAAGCAGAACAGCAACAGUCCGGUCCAUAGUAUCCUGGCCCCCACGCCUGUCUAUGUCAGAGGCAGUAAUCAAUCAUGGCACCAGCAGAACAUUAUCCAGCACCUGCAGCAGCAUGACGGCCACGAGCUGCCUAAGAACAGCAGCUCACCUAACAACACCAGGAAGGAGGACUGCUCCAAGAGCAGCCAGGAGAAUGUGAAGAGUGUAGAGGAGUCCUCGGAGGCGGAAGCAAGACACAGGAUGAGCUCCAACGGCUCGGAUGAGUUCUUCCAGGCUACAAACCAUGCGGAACAGACCUUUCGCAAGAUGGAGACUUAUCUUCAGCACAAGCAGCUGUGUGAUGUUGUCUUGAUAGCAGGAGAUCAUAAGAUCCAGGCUCACAGACUGGUCCUUAGUGCAGUAUCUGACUACUUUGCUGCCAUGUUCACCAGCGAUGUGAGAGAGGCCAAACAGGAGGAGAUCAAGAUGGAGGGGGUGGAUCCAGAAGCCUUGAGAUCUCUGGUCCACUUUGCCUACACUGGUGUCCUUGAAUUGAAGGAGGAGACCAUAGAGAGUUUAUUGGCUGCAGCCUGCCUUCUACAGCUCUCACAAGUCAUUGAGGUUUGCUGUAACUUCCUUAUGAAACAACUCCAUCCAUCUAACUGCCUGGGGAUACACUCCUUCGCUGACGCCCAGGGAUGCAUGGAUUUGCUCAACGUGGCUCACAACUACACUAUGGAGCACUUCCUAGAGGUGAUUCAGAACCAGGAGUUUCUCCUGCUUCCUACAGCUGAGAUCGUCAAACUCUUGGCCAGUGACGACAUAAACGUACCAGAUGAGGAGACCAUCUUCCAGGCUCUGAUGACGUGGGUGCGGUUCGAUGUUCAGCAUCGCCAGCAGGACCUUGGGGUUCUCCUGGCCUACAUCCGCCUGCCACUUCUACCUCCACAGCUCCUAGCUGACCUGGAGAACAACACAAUGUUCUCAGAUGACUUGGAAUGCCAGAAGCUUCUAAUGGAAGCCAUGAAGUACCAUCUGCUGCCGGAGCGUCGUCUCAUGUUCCAGAGCCCCAGGACUAAACCCAGGAAGUCCACCGUAGGAGUACUCUACGCUGUGGGAGGCAUGGACGCUACCAAGGGAUCUACGACCAUAGAGAAGUAUGACCUGCGGACUAACACAUGGAUCCAGGUGGGAGUGAUGAACGGCCGGAGGCUUCAGUUUGGGGUGGCAGUGAUCGACGACAAGCUGUACGUGGUGGGGGGCCGAGACGGGCUGAAGACAUCCAACAUGGUGGAGUGUUACAACCCUUUCAACAAUGUCUGGUCCACCAUGCCUCCCAUGUCUACGCACAGACAUGGACUCGGUAUAACAGUGUUGGAGGGCCCCAUGUAUGCAGUAGGUGGCCAUGAUGGAUGGAGUUACCUGAAUACAGUGGAGAGGUGGGACCCCCAGGCUAGACAGUGGAACUAUGUGGCCAGCAUGUCCACCCCACGCAGCACUAUGGGAGUCACCGCACUCAACGGAAAAUUGUUUGCAGUUGGCGGUCGGGAUGGGAGCUCGUGUCUGCGGUCGAUGGAAUGCUUUGAUCCACACACCAACAAGUGGAGUAUGUGUGCCCCCAUGGCGAAGCGGAGAGGAGGGGUGGGUGUGGCCACGUACAACAGUUUCCUUUAUGCUGUGGGUGGUCAUGAUGCCCCGGCGUCCAACCACUGCUCCAGACUCUCAGACUGUGUAGAGAGGUAUGAUCCCAAAACAGACACAUGGACCACGGUGUCCUCUCUGAGUGUCCCCAGGGAUGCUGUAGGUAUCUGUCUGCUAGGAGACAGGCUAUAUGCUGUCGGAGGAUACGAUGGAACAUCCUACCUGAACAGUGUUGAGUCCUAUGAUGCACAGAACAAUGAAUGGACUGAGGAGGUCAAUCUCAACAUUGGAAGGGCUGGAGCCUGUGUUGUAGUUGUGAGAAUACCUUGAGGACUACAACUCCAUACAACCCACUGGAAUGCCACACAGGAAACAGGAUAUAAUGUCACCACUGAUGUCGCUAAGAAUAUGUUUUUUUCUACUGUAAAGGCAAACCUAUAUUGCAUUCCUCACAAACCAUUGUUUCUGUCAACAGUGAUUUUCAUUAUCCAAGGAUUUUCUUUUUGAUUAUGAGAAUGCACUUUACCAUAUCUACGGAUCAACAAUCUGCAUAGUAGUGGUUAAAAAAGUAGGAAACCUUGCCAAACUCUUGUUGAUAUGGUUGCUCUGUUAAAAUGGUCUGUCAGAAAAUAAUGUUUUCUAUAUGAUUAAAAAGAAAGAAAUUACAUUUAACCCAUAAGAGUCAAAAGGGGGAUUUUACGACUCAUUAAAGUAUAAAAAAAUCAUUAUUUGAUGAACAUUUUUAUUUGGCCUGCUAUUAGCCAAUACAAAACGCAUUGAAUAACAGAUUCACUACACGGAACAACAGAUAGUCCCAAAACAAAAUCUAAAGGAAGUUUGUUUUGAAGUGUCUGUCCUAUAUCUGAGAGAUAUAAGAAAGAUCAGGAAGCGUUUGUAAUUUUUUUUACAUGUAUUUAACCCCUUAUUUUUAGCACACUGAACAGUCUAAGCCCUGUCUAAGCAGGUGGAGGGGGGGUUCUACAAAGCUAUAUGGAAUUGUUUUAAGAAGGUCAUAUCAAGGGUCGUUUAGCUAUUUUAUUUGGAAUUUUAAGACCCCUUGAAGUAUCAAAAAAUUAUGUAAAAAAAAAUAUUUGAUGAACAUUUGUAUUUGGCCUGACUGCUAUUAGCCAAUAUAAACAUUGAAUAACAGAUUCACUACAUAGAACAACACAUAGUCACCCCCAAAAACAUCUAAAGGAAGUUUGAGCUAUAAGAAAGAUCAGGAAACAUUUGUUAUUUUUUGGGGGACAUGUAUUUAACCCCUUAUUUUUGGCACUGAACAGUCUCCAUAUACAGUAUACUUCCAUACAUAUUUUCAACUGAUACCGUGGGACUUUCAGACGAGUCUUGCGAGACAUGUACGUGUUCAUGAGAGUCUCACCUUUCCACAUGGGGGGUCAUAUUAGUGUGUAGCCCAAACUGUUCGGACGCUACAGACAGAAGUUGGCAUAAUCGGCUGUACCGAGUUCAGAGAAGUCCCAAGAAACUUGUGGGUGAGAGUCUCAUCCUUAUAUAGAGGGGUCAUAAUAGUUGCAUAAGAUUUUGUGAGAAAAAAACAAGUUUUUGCGAGAGGGGGGGGGUCUCAUGGUCUGACAAGCGUCAGUCUAGCUCUGUUGAAGUAGGUGGAUUUGAUGGAUUGAGAUGCAUCCAAUGCAAAAAAACAAACAAAAAAAAACCUGAUAUCCCAAGCUUAAACUGACUGAAUUUGAUUGGGGGAUAUUGUAUUAUGCUAAUUAGAUUUCCGCGGGUGCACGGACAUGGACCUUAGGGGUUUAAUUGAUACUUUUACAUUUAUACAGUAGCAUUCUAUAUUUGUCUCAUCACAUAUGAAUAUUUUUUUGAUUUAUAUUCUAAAAUAUAUAUAUCUCUCUUUUAGCCACCUGGAAAUGAAUACAUCUCUGUUAUUAACUGGUUCACUUCAUAUCUGGGUGAAGGUGCUCUGUGUACCAAUGAUUUCUACUCUUGGACAAACAGUUUUUUAAGAAAGACCACUGUGAAUAAUACUGAAGAUGAUGAGUUUUGUAAAGUACAAUACCGGGAUGCUUUGUCAGACCAAUUUGAGGAAGUUACUCAUAAUGUAUAUCAGUUUUUUAGCAAGGAAAGAAAUCUAAAGGACAUUUUUCAAAUUGUUUUUUUUUCUUAUUUUUGUUCUUGGAAGCUAUAGAUGAAUUACACCAAAGUCAUUAGCCUGUCUUACAAAAUGUGCCGUACAUGUUUUAAAAAAUUAAGUUUACACAAUCGUGAAUAUAUAAAUAUAUCAUAUUGAUAUUUGUCAUUACUGUAAAGAUUUUUUUGCAAGUUUGUCAAAAUUGCAGUCAUCUUGAUAACCUCACAUCAUUCCUAAACCAUUAAACCAUCAACUCCAGAUGUUGGUUUUAUAUUUUGGAAUUCUAGUUAACAUUACGUUGUAAGUAAACAAUAUGCCCUUCUUCUUUAUUUCACUUCAUGUUUGCUACUGACUUAUGAAUAAACUGUGAGCUGGUUUCCCAGACAGGAAUUAAGCCUAGUCUUGUACUAAGACACACUUUCAAUGGAGAAUCUCCAUGAAACACAUUUUGUUUUUGUCGUUGUUUAGGACUGGACCUAGGCUUUAUCUGUGUCUGGGAAUCCGUCCCUAUAUGACGUUGAGAACAUUAAAUACAGCUUUGAGUUACUACAUUAUCACCAUGUGUACAGACUCUUUCACAUCAUGGCCUGUUGAGUUCAUCUGUAAACAACAUUACUUAUUUUCUGUUUACACACUGAGGAUCGUUCAGCUUGGAAUAUUACAAAUGUAUUGACGUGCUCUGAGGCCAAAUGUAGAUUUUUAUCCUGAUUUUUUACACUGCAUACAGAUCUAGAAAUAAAACAACUUCAUUGUC